AUGGCUGCUCCCGCACGAAGGCUGGGUACGUUCUGCCCCUCCUCGGGGUGUGGUCUGAGAAAGUCGAGCUGAUGUCUCCUGCGCAACAGUGAGACCAGCGCUUUUGUGCGUUUCAAUCUCCCUCUUUCUUUGACGCCCUCGGCUGACAAGCCGUUGCAGCAUCUGCGAUCUCCAAGAGAAAUUCCGCUCGGCCAUCUACGAAUUCCCCAAAGUCGUCGCGACGACGCAGAAGCUUCUCAAAGCCAGUCAAAUCCUCGACAUACCCGUCUUCGCUACGACCCAAUUGCGAGCGAAAUUGGGCGAGACAUGCCCUGAGCUAGGAUUGGAUGCGCCAGAAGGCGUGCAGACAAAGGCGCACGCGGACAAAAGCGCGUUUUCCAUGUGGACGCCCGAAAUACAGAAGGCUUUCAAAGAGCUCGGGCCAGAGAAGCGGGAAUGCGUUAUCGUGGGCAUCGAGACACACAUCUGCGUGACGCAGACGACGUUGGAUCUCCUGAGGGAAGGACAUAAAGUGUACGUGAUUGCGGAUGGGGUUUCGAGCUGUAAUGCGCAGGAGAUUCCGAUUGCGUUGAACCGGUUGAGGGCGGAAGGGGCUGUUGUCACGAGCUCCGAGAGUUUCCUGUAUGAGUGUAUGGGCGAUGCGGGAAUAGGGGAGUUUCGGGAGAUCUCGAAGCUGGUGAGAGAGUAUAAUGGGAAGACAAAGGAGAGCUUGCUGGCGUUGUCUAAGUUCUGA